CCGGUGGGUGACUCUAGACGAAAAUUUAGUAAACGGCACUAGUUUUUCUUAACAGCCGGUGAAUGUCGUUUCGUUGUGUGAAGAGGUUUUUUGGCCUCUUAUUUUAUAGUUUUAUUUUAUUAAGUGCUGUGAUAUAAACGUACUGUGAUAGUGUUUAAUAUGUAUUUCGAAACUGAAAAAGAUUUUUGACUUAUUCACGUUACAGCGAGAUAAUUUCAAGCAAAAUGUUUCCCUUUGGCAAGAAGGGGAAGGAAGCCUGUGACGAACGGCUCAAGCUGGAGGCUUCUGAGAACCUCUUGGUGGUUACAGAAAGAAAAACCUUCGUAAAGAGAUACCGCAAGGUCAUUUUACUAGGGCUCUGUGUAACGACGUUUAUAAUUCUGGCAUUUUUGUGGUACUAUUGUCGACCAACUGACUUGUGUUUCGGAAAGGAUGGAAAACAGGGGACUUGUAUGGACAUAUCCAAGUGUCCAUUUGCUUUCAACGUGAUAAAGGAAGGAAAGAAGCCAGUGUUUUGUGAUAAACUCAAAGUUUGCUGUGUGGAGGACUAUAUACCCAUAUUAGACGAGAGACAUCUUAGGCCUCAUAAAGAAGAAACGACGACAACAGACGAUUACAGUUAUGUUUUUGUGACCCCGAGCGUCCGUGGGUUUCCAACAACCGUUGAUGGCUGCGAGCCAUUGACGAACUAUUCAAUGACCGCUCCCUACAGGAUAUCGUUCCGGAAAUGUCUGCAGUACCAAGACAACUUCGUGUUUCCGUGCGAGGACAGUCUGACGCCGUAUAUGGGAAUGGUAAGGAUGAACCAUUGUAACUGGGGGCCGGAAACUAUGAUCAUUGGUGGAACUGAUGCUUCUUAUGGAGAGUUUCCUCAUAUGGCGCUGCUUGGUUACGAUUCGCCAAACAACGAAUGGCAAUGCGGUGGUUCCAUCAUCAGCGAUAGAUUCAUACUGACCGCCGCUCACUGCACGAGCAGCCGCAACGGCGGUAACGUUACGAAAGUACGCAUCGGCUUCUUCAGGAUAUCUCAGACGAUUCAGCGAGAUGAGUUGUACUAUGUGUCAGAGAUACACAAACAUCCGAAUUACAAGUCGCCGUAUAGCUACCACGACAUUGCACUCCUGAAGACGGACAGGAAAAUGAUCCUCAACCGAUACAGGGUACCAGCUUGUCUACACGACGGCUCUCUGAUCAAUGAUGACACGGUCACAGUCACUGGGUGGGGGGCCACCGAUGCACACUCAGGGAAAACGGACACUUUACAAAAGGUAGCACUCGACAAGUUCUCGGACGAAGAAUGCGGCCCGUUAUACAGCUCGAAAAGGGUGCGGAACAUGCCUCGCGGGUACGAAAGCACCACGCAGACGUGCUACGGAGACAGAGUCACCGGCAAAGAUUCGAGUAAAGGCGACAGCGGAGGUCCAGCUCAGAUAAGUCAUCCUGAUUUAUACUGCAUGUACCUAGUGACUGCUAUCGUGAGUCACGGCAAAACAUUAGGCGUGGCCGGCCACCCCGGUAUCUAUACGCGAAUCGCGCCGUAUCUAAGCUGGAUCGAAUCCAUAGCCUGGAACUAAACAUUCCCUCGCCUAACUGAGCCCGCCUCUAGCUUCGUUUGAAGAUUAUCGGCGAGCAUCAAAAUCGUGACAUUAAACCUUUAAAGAUUAAGAGUGAGAAUGUACGCGGCUUCCCAUUUCGUGAUUGGAUCGAUUCGAGAGAGAUGGCGAGAUCUCGGCUGCUCUCUUCAGAACUGCCGAAGUCUAUACAGGGGUGAACCUUUCCCCGAGAGAAGGGAGACAAACUUUGAGAUCUUGGAUAAUGUUACCAGAUAUUUGGAAGUGAAGUUAAAGUUCAUACUAAAUAUUAUAAAUUAAGGGACAUUUAUCGAGGUAUGUUUGUCGUGCGCAGUACAGGGGGCGCCGACGUCAUCACGUUAAAUGAAACGAUUAAUACUCGUUAAUGUAGGGCUGAUGAAGACAUCAACGCCAUCUGCAGAAUAGGUUCGAUAACCCCCUGCGUCACUUCCGGUCUGCGCGCUGCGCACGCGCAGCUCGGAGCGGCGACGUUCGCACGGCCGCUGGCGUUCGCGGGACGAGAUCUCCGCUGGCGUGGGUUGUUGGGGGUGUCGCUUGACGCGGUGACGUCACGGGCACGUUGUAUAGCUUCUAACUGGCUAUCCAAGGUUUGUUUAUUUUGACUCCCUCGAUUGGAACAGGCUAUACAGCAAACAUGUCAAUUUAGUUCCUUGUUUAAAUACUAUCAGUGUUUGUUGAAUAUCUGGGCUGAUCUCAAUGGGAAGAGUAAUGAAUGUGAUUUUGUUUUUUUUUU